AUGGAAUCAGAGCUGGCCACCAACAAAUCUGUUAAAGUGGUACAUCCCUGUUAUGAGUUACAUGAUGCAGUUUUAACAUUUGCAAACCCACCUUCCAUAAGCUGUGUGUCGUUGUAUAUUUUCUUGGGAUUCAUGUCUGUCAUCACCGUAUGUGGAAACCUUCUCGUAGUCAUCUCUAUUGUUUACUUUCGACAGCUUCAUACUCCCACCAACUACCUCAUUCUGUCUCUUGCUGUUGCGGAUCUGCUCGUUGGCAUCCUGGUCUUUCCGUCCAGCAUGACCGUCACUGUGACUUCAUGUUGGUAUCAGGAGGAUCUGUUCUGCAAGUUGCGCGGCAGCUUUGAUGUGACCUUGAGCACGGCUUCAAUUUUGAACCUGUGCUGUAUUUCUAUCGACAGAUAUUAUGCAGUCUGCAAGCCUCUGACUUACAGGAGUCAAAUGACUCACCGCGUCAUUGGGAUGAUGAUUCUGGCAAGCUGGGGAGUCUCCGCUUUGAUCGGAAUUGGCAUCAUAGUUGCAGGAUUUAACCAAGGCAAAUGUGAGGGAAGUUGCCUGAUCGACGCUCUGAUUUCGACCACCCUGGCAUGUGUUUUUUCUUUCUAUGUCCCAGUUAUAGUCAUGCUGAGCUUCUACCUGAAGAUCUUGUCUGUGGCACAGAAGCAGGUUAAAAGCAUACAGAGCACCACGUGUCAGAGCUCAGAGUGUGGAACAACCGUGAGCCGGAUGGAAAGAAAGGCCACCAAAACAUUGGCUGUUGUCAUGGGAGUGUUUCUCUUCUGCUGGGCUCCCUAUUUCCUGUGUAUCAUCUUCCAGCCUUUGACAUACGAAGAAACUCCAGUUGCUGUGAUUGAGACUUUAAACUGGUUAACUUUGUCAAAUUCAAUGCUGAAUCCUUUCAUUUACGCCUUCUUUUAUACCUGGUUCAGAUCAGCUAUCAGAAUGAUCCUUUCUGGAAGAAUAUUUCAGGGGAAUCAUGCAAACACUACUCUGUUUUGA